AUGAGCUUCAGAUCUGUUCAGAUUGCGGAGUCGUUUUUUCUACACGAAGCGGACCUCGUUGAGCACCAGAAAAUCCACAAGGCUGAGAAGAUGCACCCUUGUCCUCAGUGCGGGAAAAGGUUCGAAAAGAAAGGGGCUCUUUCCAUACAUCAGAGGACUCACACGGGUGAAAAGCCGUUUUCCUGCCCUAAGUGCGGGAAAAGCUUCUCACAAAGGGCCCAUCUUUCGAGUCACCUGAGACACCACACAGGAGAGAAGCCGUUUUCCUGCCCCGAUUGCGGGAAAAGUUUUGUGCGUAAACCGGAUCUUGAAAGACAUCACAGGAUUCACACGGGGGAGAAGCCCUUUUCCUGUUCCCAUUGCGGGAAACGUUUUUCACGGAAGUCCUACCUGUCGGAUCAUCAAAGAUACCAUACGGGUGAAAAGCCGUAUUCCUGUCCUGCGUGCGGGAAGAGUUAUGUGUAUAAAACGGACCUCACCGUACAUAAAAGGUCUCACACGGGGGAGAAGCCGUACUCAUGCCCCGAGUGCAGGAAAUGCUUUUCAAAAAGUUUUGAUCUCACCAGACAUCUGAGGUCACACGCGGCCCAGAAAGAAUAG